AUGCCUGUGAAAGUUUACUUAUUGAUUUCUGUUUCCUCAGAGGUGGAGCGACAAAAAGAGAAGGUGUUAGUAGUUGAGAAAGGGCCAACGACACGUGUUGAUUCGCGAGGACGUGAAAGCCUAGAAGUGGUUACACGAUCCGAAUUUGAAAUCCUCGAAGCUUUAGUGAAUGAUUUAAAAAAGAAUGUUGGUCCAUUGCCAACACCAGCACUGCCGGAUAACAAACAACUGAGAUCCGAACUGGCUAAAGGCAGUGCUUCUCUUAUAGAUAUCAUGAAUGCUAUGCAGGUGAAAGCUCGUGUAGAAGCAGCUGAACAAGCUAUUGGCCGUAUGAGUGAGUUACUCACAGAACUAGCGGCAGUAGGUGCUCUGCCCGAAGAUUUCGCUAACAGAAUUGUAGAGGUUCAGUUUGAACCACUUGACACUUUGAAGCCGACUGACACCAUAGAGACGCAUGACGCAUUUGAGCUACCGUUGGACACAUCAGACGAUAAAUCUCGAAUAACUCCCGGUAAAUCAGUAGCUAUAGACCCGGCUUCGAUCAAGUCAGUUGCUCCGAGAUCUGCGCAGUCGGUGGUAUCGCCUUUCAAAGCCUCAGUCGGGAUGCCAUCCCUAGCUUCACGCCUCUCCACCGCGCCAACGUUGUCAUCUUUGCCUAAAGUUACUCACGUAGAGAUGGAUGAUGCUCUCCGUUCUCUAAAAGAAGAUUUAUCAAGAAAUGUAAAUCUAAUAGUCUCGAAAGCUUCAGCAGCCGCAGACAUGGCAGUGUCUAUGGCGAAAUCAGUUUCUGAAAAGCUGAAUGUGGCAGUACAGUUAAACACGCGUGUAUCGACGUUACACUCACUCGUAUCCGACUAUUCAGAACAGCUCAGUGGUUUCGAUGCCGGACUUUCUACUCAGAUGCAAGGUUUCCAAGACCAAAUAGACCAACUGCGAUCAGAUUUAAAAGAUGGACUAACACAGCUCGAGCAAGUAAAUAAUAAUGCUGAAACAGUAG